CCAGGUGCAGGAUUUCUGGUAUCCUCAACACGAGGGUUUAAUUGGUGUGGCAGAACCCAGCCUCUUUCAUGACUCUGUGUUUCAUAGUAAGGAGAUCGGGCAUCAGUUUGAUCUUUGGGGUACAUUCCAAUGUGCAAUUUGGCAUCUGCACUCAUCAUAAAAUUUUCCCGACCUGGGGGCACUCAGCACAGGGAUUACCUCUUAGAUAAGCCUCCAGAAGCCUCCCAAAAGCCCCAUUUUGUUUUCCUAUGCCUUCCUCUACCACCUACAUCCUUUCUUCCUCCUUUCUCCAACCAAGGUUAAGGUGCUUUUGUUAGGUAUUUAUGAUCUCCUUUUUCAAAAGUGUUUUUACUUCCGCUGCAAUUCUUUACUAUAAAUUUUGUUUUCGAACUCUUCUAUGACUAAGGGUGGCUAGGGAGGUGUGUUACAUUAACAAUCUGUGGAACUCCAUUUCCCAUGCUGGGAUGCUCCAAAUGAGGUUGAUGCCUAUUCAAAG